AUGCGGGCAAACGUCGACGCGCCAUACUACCAGAUGCGCUCCGGCCAGUUCGUCACCACGCCCAACAGUACAAACGGUGCACCGCCCCCAUUCGUGUCCGACGACGAUGAAUAUGACUUGUCUGCUCCCGCUCCCCUCGCAUCGCCGCCCCAACAUCAUCUCAACCCACACCUGUUCGCCGAACACACUGCUCGUCAGACGUCAGACGAUCACACACUGGAGGAGAACCAUAACCUUGUUGAGUUGCUGGAGGCUGCGACAGCUGCAGAUCAGGUGGCAUAUGCGAUGGAUACUGGAGAUACUGGGACGGUGACCAUCCCACUACAGGAUAGAGGCAAGAGAAGAAGAGAUACCAGCUCCCCGGCCGCGGACGCAUCGCAUCAUGCCGAUAGGCCCGUCAACUCUAAGCGACGUAAGACUGGUGGAUCUACCGAUCCUCGGCUUCAGGACCAUGGCCAUAAUAUGCAUGGGGUCUCUGUCGACGACACUGUACCGCCUUCCAGUGAGUCUCUAUUGAACGAUGCCCGUGCUGCAGGUGUACACUCAGCCGCCGCUCUCUUCCGCCGCUCCUCCGAAAGAACGUCUCGCAAGUACACACGACCGCCUAUGUCGAAGCUGUUCAUGUCACUCCAGCUAAGCCCAGAGAACUUCCUUCAACUACAAGCUUUAGCAAAAGGCUACAUGCUCGACACAUCACAUCCUGAGAGGCAGAGCUGCGUUGGAAACCGCGGCAAAGGUGAUACCGACAUGGUCAAGUUGCGGCUCUUCAACUGCGUCCGGGACUUCCUAAACGAAGGCGUUGGCGAGCAGUUCUUUGGCGAAGAUGUGGAGAAGCCGGGCGAGAAGGACGCGAUUGAAGCUGCACGCGCACUAGGAGAAGACAAGAGUCCUGAUGCUGGAGAAAGACUGACAUGGCCAAGGGACGGGAACAAGAUUAUUAGCCUCGUUACUCCGUUGAUGCGACGAAUGGUCACGAACGAGCGGCAGCGACAGUAUGCGAUCGAGACUAGGAAGGGCGGCGCGAAGAAGAAAGACAAAGAAGGUAGUGCCGAAGCUGUGCUCCAGCAAGGCGAUGAUGAUGCAGGACGUGGAGUCGAGCAGCAUCUACAGCCGGUCUUCGGUCACAGUUUGGAACAGCAUCCGACGCCGUCACAGCAGACAGCUUCAUCGACACGACUCACAACCGUGACGCCGCAGGUUUUCUUCCAAGGCAAGGAUGAAAAGUCGGAUUUCAGAGAAGCGGUAGAGUCCAACGCAACCACACAGCCAAGUUUGAAGUUACCCACGGCUAGCCCUACCGAACCCAAUCUCUCGCACAUCAACGUCUUCCUCGUACUUGCCUCAUCGAGCGGCAGACCUGGCAUCAAGCUCGACGAGAAGCGCAUCACAGCCGAACCACAAACACACCUGGCAUGGUAUGAUUACAACGACUUCAUGAGAGAGGUCAUUCUCCUCCUCAGAGCCGCCAAGGACAGAUACCCCGAAAUCAGCCCAGGCAUCGGAUUUCGAGACGUUGAACCCGGAACAGACAAUCUUCGUGGGCUCGCUGCUGCCGCAAACGCACUACAGACAGAGCAUGCUCUCCACGGAACAUCGUCUUCAUUCAACGGUCUCCCUCAAUCAUCCGAAGAUGAUCACGCUUCUAUACUUCCUACACCCACUUCGGCAGUGAGCAAUCACCCCGUCUUUCCUGCCGACAGUCAUGCGGAAACCAAGUCUCUUCCUCGUUACGCUAUCAAGUCUAUUGGUCCGCAGGGAUGGCGCGAUAUUCGCAAUGCGGAUGAUUGGUAUAGUGUGCUGAGGGAGAAGGCGUUUGCUGUUUGGGCGGAUGGCGUGUGUAACGUGCUUGUUGAGCUUGUGGACUUUGCUGGGGUGGUGGGGUAG